AUGCAGCUGUGCCAAGGUGCCUCCAGCAUGGCUGCGGCCGAGGUGCCCAGCUACCUCGUGUCCCCUCAGACAGAGAAGCACCGGCGCGCCCGCAACUGGACGGACGCGGAGAUGCGUGGCCUCAUGCUCGUCUGGGAGGAGUUCUUCGACGAGCUGAAGCAGACCAAGCGCAACGCCAAGGUGUACGAGAAGAUGGCCAGCAAGCUGCUGGAGAUGACCGGGGAGCGCCGGCUGGGCGAGGAGAUCAAGAUCAAGAUCACCAACAUGACCUUCCAGUACAGGAAAUUAAAAUGCAUGACAGAUAGCGAGUCCGUCCCGCCCGACUGGCCCUAUUACCUAGCCAUUGAUAGGAUUCUGGCCAAGGUCCCCGAGUCCUGUGAUGGCAAACUCCCGGACGGCCAGCAGCCGGGGCCCUCCACGUCCCAGACCGAGGCGUCCCUGUCACCGUCUGCUAAGUCCACCCCUCUGUACUUACCGUAUAACCAGUGCUCCUACGAAGGCCGCUUCCAGGACGAUGGCUCCGACAGCUCCUCCAGCUUACUGUCCCUUAAGUUCAGGUCGGACGAGCGGCCCGUGAAGAAGCGCAAGGUGCAGAGCUGCCACUUCCAGAAGAAGAAGCUGCGGCUGCUGGAGGCCAUGCUGGAGGAGCAGCGCAAGCUGAGCUGCGCCAUGGAGGAGACGUGCCGGGAGGUGCGCCGCGUGCUGGACCAGCAGAACCUCCUGCAGGUGCAGAGCCUGCAGCUGCAGGAGCGCAUGAUGAGCCUGCUGGAGAAGAUGAUCGCCAAGUCCAACGUGUAGGCUGCCAGGCGGUAGGCGGGCGGGCAGCCAGGGCCGGGCAGGCCGGCCACACGACAAGGGCCAGCCGGGCCAGGCCGGGUCCCGGAGGAGGCAGACGGCCUCCUGCUGGCCCCUGGGGCUGCUCCCGGAUCGGACUUCCCUGCACGGAAGCCGCUCCUCAGACACAGGCCGGGGACUCCAGGCUCGCUCUGGGGCGAUUCCCUAGUGAGAACUCCUAGCGUCUGUUCUCCAAUACCGUCACGUCAGUGACACUUGAAAUGGCUUUUGAUAUCAAAUGUGUAAUUUUUCAUGACUCCCUGG